AUGUUAUUAUAUCCAAUAAUAAGGACUUCUACCAUUAGAUUUUCCAUAAAACUCACAACAAAAUGGUCAAUUUCACCAAUAACUACAACAUCAAUACUAUCAAUACGAUAUAAUUCUACAAAUCAACCUUCAAAAUCAAAAAAACCUUCUCCACUUUCAACAUUAGCCAAAAAGCCAUUAUUUGAUCCUUCAAUUUGGACCGUACCCAAUAUUUUAACAUAUACAAGAAUAAUAGCGACUCCAUUUAUAGGUUAUUCUAUAGCAGUAGGGAACUCAACUUUAGCAUUAUCUUUAUUUACAUAUUCAUGUAUAACUGAUUUUAUUGAUGGUUAUAUAGCAAGAAAAUAUAAUAUGAAAUCAAUAGUUGGAUCUAUAAUUGAUCCAUUAGCAGAUAAAUUUUUAAUGACUAUAUGUACAUUAUCAUUAGCUUAUGUACAAUCAAUACCGUUUGGAAUAGCAACAAUAAUAAUUGGGAGAGAUGUAUUAUUAAGUUUUAUGUCAAUUUAUUAUAGAUAUAAAAGUUUACCAAAACCUAAAACUUUUGAUAAAUUUAUAAGUAUUGGACAAAUUCCAACAAUAAGUGUACAUCCAAAUUUCUUGGGAAAAUUUAAUACUGCAUUACAAAUGCUAUAUAUUGGAAGUUUAGUAUAUAGACCAUUAUUAGAAGGUAUUAUUUCAGAUCUUAUGUUUGAAGGUUUGGGGUGGUUUGUUGGUAUAACUACUUUAAUUAGUGGUGCUAAUUAUGUAUUUAAUAAAAAUUCAUGGAAAUAUGUAAAAUAA